AUGUGGAUGAUCGCCAAAGCUUGGAAUUUAGUCACUGAAAAGACCAUUGCAAACUGCUUCAAGAAAAGUGGGUUUAACGUAACAUGCGAAGAUGAGGAGGACGAUUUACCAGUCGCAGAACUUGCUAGGACCUGGCAAAGAGUUCAAGAAGAAUUACACCUUCAAGAGACUGACUUCGAAGACUUCGUUACCUUUGAUAAUGAUUUGGCCAUCUGUGGAGAACUAACUGAUGCUGACAUCGUCACAUCGUCACAUCUGUGUUGCGGAUGA